AUGGUGGAAUUCCUAGAUGACCUUCAGAAUCCACAAGCUUGCAGGGUCAGACAGCGCUUGCUGGAAGAGCUGGAGGUGGAGCGGAAGGAACUCAGCGAGAGCAGUUCUUUGCACCUUCUGGGGCCAGCUCGCCUGAUGCGGUUUCUGCAAGCCAACAAGGGUUCAGUGGAGGAAGCAGCUGCUCAUUUCCGCCGGAUGCUGGCAUGGUACCGAGAGGCAGACAUCGGAAAGACGUGCUUUGAUGUGGAAGGCAAAGAGUGGAGUGCAGAUUUCGUUGAAGGUGGAAGAGAGCUUUUGCACAUGAUGUGCAUUGAUGUUUGCAUGCAAGCAGCUGAUGGAACAAUGCUUUGGGUACACAGAGAUGGCCUGAUUCAGUUUGAUGAGAUCAUGGGUCUGCCUGAUGAGGACUUCAUCCUGCGGAUGUGUCUCCUCUGUGAGUCAAUGCAGAUCUACCUUGACCAUCGCAGUGAGGAAACUGGCCGUUUAGUCAAGAUGAUUCAGGUCCGCGACCUAAAGGGCUUCAACAUCACCGAAGUCCUGUGGAACCCUGCGGCGAUGAAGCGUUUUGUUGAUGCAGCAGCGAUCUUGGAGACGGCGUAUCCGGAGACCUUGGCGCAGAUGAUCAUUGUGAACCCUCCUUCAGGAUUCAAUUUGUUGUGGAUGGCGAUGCAGCCAAUGCUUAGCCAGCGGAUGAGAGAGAAGAUCAAAGAGAAGUUCCUUCUCAUCUCCGACGGGGUUUUCCAAUUUCCCCAGCUGCUUGCAGUCAUCACUGGCACUGCUGCGCUGAAGGGUCUGACUGAUUCGGGAUCAAAUGGUGUGGGCCUGGGCACCUUUUCUCCAGGGCAGUCAAGAUUUCGGUAUCGAGUGCUCCCACCUGGCGGUCAAGCGCAGUGGUCCUUUCAGAUUGGGCCGGGAGGUUCUUUGCAGCUUCAAGUCAUAAUCUUUGAGUUUGAAGAUGGCCGGUCAAGUCCAGUCAUUCACCAGGUCUUUCCCAUGCAGGCAGUCUCAGGUGCAGUCUCCGGGCAUUGUGGGCCGCUGGGACUUUCUGGACUCUUGUGGUUUACUUGGUACAAUGACAGUUGGACCUCAACGAUGCAAGUCAAAGACUUGAAGAUCAGUGUCAACAGUUCUGGAGAAGAUCUGCGAAAUCCAUCGUGCUCCACUAUACCCUUACAGCCUUUGGGCCUUUUUCGAAACAGGAAGGAGCGAUGGAAGAAUUGCCUCAUGCAGAUCUUGAACUGUUGCUGCCCCCCCUUGUUUGGCAAGAAAACAGAUGUCGAUGAACUGCCGAUGGGAGACCACAGACAGAUGAACAGGCACGCAGAAGUUGAGAAGGCCGAGAUGGUUGAGAUGGAGGUGGAGCUGAGGGCCGAGCCCGAGGAGCCCGAGGAGCCUGAGGCCGACUUGUUGAUCUUGUGGCGAGAGCCGUGA